UUCAAUUGUAAAAACCGAGUCUAUUCGACUACAUUUACUUCGUGAAAGUUCUUCGUUGCGAUGUCAUCUGCCAUCUUUGUUUCGGAGGAAUAAACCCCCCGAGGUUGAAAACCGCAUUGUAGGGCGUUGAAAGCCCUUGGUACUGAUAAUAGAUAAUCGAUUAAAAUAGGAUUAUGAUAAGAAGUGCUAGUGAAUUAUCCUUCAACUGAGGGAAACGAAGAGUAUCCAAGUUGUUAUCAAUUCCCUCAUUGGCUCAGCGACUACGAUAUCGUGGUCGCACCGAAGAUUGACCGAUUCGCAAUUCUGUGUACGGAGUGAGAUCAUGGAGGGAAUGCAGUCGUUUGCCUCAACCGAAUUGGAUUGCGUAGAGCAUCUGCUGGCCCGUUUCUUCCACCCAGAGACUUCGAACGCAGAAAAGCAAUCACUCGAGAGAAAUCUGGAAGCACUUCAAGACACUCAUUUCUCAUGGAAGUUCUGUCUCGCAAAUAUGCGGCGGUUCGAUAAUCACUACGUGUGGUUUUUUGCUGUUUCGACGGUCGAGCGCACAAUCAGACUGCGCUGGGUGCAGUUAACGACAGAUGAACGUUCCUCUAUCCGCGAUGAAUUGCUUGCCAUCUACUGCAGCUAUGAGCCAGACGUACCCGUCCUACAGCGUGAAAAAGUUGCCCAGCUGCUAGCCAUGGUCGCCAAGCGCCAGUUUCCCGACGAGUUUAGUAACUAUAUUGGGCACCUGAUAGAUUUGUUGCAAACCAAGUUUAGUCUUGGCUUAGCGCUUUGCCGAGCGACUGGCGACAUCAUAACCCGCAACUUGAACGAUGUACCUAGUGAACGUCAAAAACGUUUCUCGGACACCAUCUGCAGUAACAUUCCAACCCUGCUCAGCCUGCUGAAUGAGUAUUGCGCUUUCUUUGUGCAACACCUCAAUGCAAACAUAGCAGGGCCGAGUGGGAUGGCGAACUGCGUCAAACCUGAAGCAACAAAUGGUUCGCUAGACUCUAACCGCAUUGAAAGCUACACUACGGAGCUUCUGCAAACAUUGCAGCAGUUCUUCACCUGGGCUCCGCUUGCAACGAUGGAUGAUUCGUUGCUGCACAAUAUCACCCUGCUGGCACACUGGGAUGAAGCUCACUGCCAUAUGUCCAUAACUGCACUCGCAGCGCUCUCGGAGUUGUUUUACAGCCACAAAGUGUUUCCGCAGCGUCCUCGCAUGGUUCAUACGAUGAAUGCACUGCUAACGCAACCACAGCUACGGCAGGCGGAAGAGCUGUACCAGGACAAACUGACCGAGUUAUUGCGGGUGUUUAUCGAUCGCGAAUGGAUGCAACACUACUACCAAAAUGAUUUUCCAGCACCCGGUUUUUUGCACUAUCUACGAGGUUUUACAUUCGCUGCUUAUGGCGCACUCGCCUUUGCCGAGCGGCUUGGCUGUUGGGAGAGAAUCGUUCAUAGUUGUCCCCUCGAGGAGAGUGCAAAUGUUGACCGACAGGAUCCGCACUGUGCCGAGAAGCGUAAUGUUGGCGAGCGUUUGCAGAGUAUUGUCGAAACGGUGAUAGCUGUCGGUUGUGCUACGUUGACGCGAAUGCUGCACCAGUACGAUAGCGAUCAGUUGUUGGAAGUGCUGGAUAACGAGGUCGUCGACGAGAAUAUGGAAACUGAACUACAACAGUAUUACAAUCAGUGUCUUGACUUUGUCUCGCUGGUCACCCAAUAUCAACCAUUCCGCAUGUACAAUGCCAUUUUCGAAUUCGCCUACGACACAAGUCGCCCCUAUCAGCAGUUCUUCGAGUUAUGCAAACUGAUUAAAGGAAGCAGUGCUACUAUCAACCCCAACGCGGCUACUCUUCGUGAAUUGGCAGAUCCAGCGAACGAGGUACGACUUCGCUGGCAGCUGCGGGACUUUGGCUGUUCAUGCCAAAUGUUAGCCUAUCUCUGUCCGUCACUACGCGGCAAGCUCGAUACCGUGGAAGCAUCCAUCGAUUGGCUCACCAGCGAACAGAUUCGUCUGUUUGUAGAGAUCAGCCAGUGCUCACCACCCGAUCGCUUUUACUGUCAAGCAGGACCUAAUUUGACGCGAGAUCUGAUUCAAGCGGUAGCGCAGUUGCUUACUUCGGUAAAGUCUUUGCUAUUAUUUUCUGGAACGAAUGCACGACCGUUCGAUGCUUCGAUGGCGGAAUUUUUCGCCCAGGUCGCUAAACAACUUGCACCACUUGAGCACCUCCGUCCGUUUGAUCGGUGGAACGUGCUGGAUAAUGCGGCGGCCUUUAUUUUGUAUCACGCCAGUAUCAACCACUAUCAACCAGAGUAUCUUCUGGAGAUACUGCAGCCAUUUACCAUUUCAAACCUAAACCAUCUUGAUUACACCAGCGCCCAGAAGCUGCGUAAAGCGAUCUGCUUCUGUAUUGUUGCACCGUGGCAGUGCAUCCCUACUAAUGGGGUGAGCUUAGAGAAUCACCAAAAUGAACGACUUUUGCAGCAGUACAUUGCAGUGUUGGCAGAAAAUUUGUUGCGUCUUGAUCUAUCCGAUCCAUCAGGCUGGCAUUCGUUGUUGGUGACUGCAGAUGAGGCACAUAAAGAGCAGACAAAGACGAGUGGCACAACAGUCAACCAACAGUCAACCAACGCAACUACCGUUCACAUGGAACUGGCUCAGCUGAAGGACCUAAUUGGGAGCUUUUCAUGUUGCAAUAGCAAGGUGAAAGUUCAGUUGGCGAUUGCAUACCGUCCCAUCAUCGAGAAAGUUCUCUCUCUCUACCGUAUGCUCGGGUCUACCGGCAGUCAGACCAGCGAGUCUCCGAACGCACUGUUACUUGAAUUCUUUCACAGCGUUAUUGCCGUGCUACAAGCACAACUCGGAGAACCUUUCCUGCACGACGCCAUUCGCGGCUUUGUGGAAAUGUUUCGCAUCGCCACCGCCUCGCGCCAACAGCUACGCUCACUCAAUACCUUGCUUAGCAUCUUCCUGUUGAUCGUUGAGAAACCGAGUACCGGAACACUACUACUGCCAGACAUCGUAGAGUUCACCGUUUCAGCGGUACUGCCAGUUGUUUUCAAUUGCGACUUGCAAGUGUCCAAAACAGACCAGCACCGCCAUAGCGAGGUGUGUGGAGCUGUGUUCAAACUCUUUCACGCGUUGCUCCUUCACCGGUGGCAAUACUUCUGCAAAACCGAUCUGCCAAGAAGUCUUGGUUGGGGCGAAAGCAGGUUUCACGAUGGCGGUUGCAACAUUGUUCAUACUGACCAAUUUGGAGCCAUAUUGAAUAGUUACGGCGUGACGAUCACGGGCUCAAAGGAUACGCAACUUGUGCACGAAGUACUCGAUUCCUUGCAGGAGCUCCACAUUCGAUGGGGCCUUUUUCGGUUGGAGUUUUUCCGAACCAAUUUUCUAUCAUCAUUCAUAGCGACACUAUUGCAAGCACUUGCAACGCCCGAGGGUGUCUUGCACUCGGGGAUUAUACUGAAUUUACUGUACUCGAUGUCAAAGGUCAGCACCGGGUGCGAAGUGUUUACCGGGAUACGAUCGAUCGGGUUGGCCCCAGAAACGGAAACACAUUUGAAUGCUGUGAUGCAAGCAACGGACUUUCCUACGUUCACCCAGCAGAUGGAUGUUUUCAUUCACGAUGUCAAAAUUCUUCAACAACCGAACUGAGUAGGAUAACGUUGUUUUAAGGGUUUUUUUUAUUUUUUGAACGUUUUCCAACCAAAAUUGCACAUAGUUCAAAAUGAAUCUCAAAAUAUCGUUUAGUUUAUUCGUUGUCUUCGUUAUACAGUAUUUUUAUUUAUCUCGUAAGACUUCAUGUCAAUCCAAUUGAUGGUUCGGUGAACGAACUU